CCGAUGAUGAUGAGCUUCACUCUGAUUCCCUCCUCACCUCUACUUCACCACCAACCCUAUCUCUCAUGGCCUCUCCCCAACCCUAGCCACCGCCCUAUUUCAUCUCACGCUCUCAAAUACGACGCCCGCGCUUCCGCCACCGUCGUCGUACGAGCCGUCGCCGACGGCGUCGGCUUCGUGUCGCCAAACGACUCGUCGUUUGAGGACGACGCGGCGGUGGUUGAGGCUGAGGAAGAAGGAAUUGGAGAGGUUGAUGGAGCUGCGGAGAGUAAAUCGGAGGAGAAGGAUUUGCUGCCGUCGCCGAGGUACAAGAAGAAGAAGAAGAACGAUGAGAACGAGCUGGAGAAUCGGUUCAAGCUGAGGAACGGGAAGGAGAUAUUUGAAGAAAAAGCCUACAUUGUUGGUGUUGAACUGAAACGAAGUUCGCCGGAUUUGUUUGGAGUAGAGGAGUCACUUAAUGAACUGACCCAGCUAGCUGAUACUGCUGGACUAAUGGUUGUUGGUUCAACAUAUCAGAAACUAGCAAAUCCGAAUCCAAGGUCGUACAUUGGAUCCGGCAAGGUUGCAGAAAUCAAGACUGCAAUUCAGGCAUUGGGUGUUGAGACUGUGAUAUUUGAUGAUGAGCUCUCUGCAGGGCAAUUACGCAAUUUGGAAAAGGCUUUUGGUGGAGAUGUUAGAGUUUGUGACCGCACUGCCCUCAUUCUUGAUAUUUUCAACCAGCGGGCAGCAACACAUGAAGCAGCUCUUCAGGUUGCAUUGGCACAGAUGGAGUACCAGCUACCUCGAUUAACAAAAAUGUGGACGCAUCUUGAGCGCCAAUCAGGAGGUCAAGUGAAGGGUAUGGGUGAGAAACAAAUUGAAGUGGAUAAACGUAUCUUACGUGCUCAAAUUGGUUCUCUCAAGUCAGAGCUAGAUUCUGUUAGGAAGCAUAGAAAGCAGUACCGGAAUCAGCGGCGUUCAGUACCAGUCCCAGUGGUAUCCUUGGUUGGGUACACCAAUGCUGGAAAGAGUACUCUCUUAAAUCAAUUGACUGGAGCCAAUGUGUAUGCCGAGGAUCAAUUAUUUGCAACACUAGAUCCAACCACAAGAAGGGUUCAGAUGAAGAAUGGGAAAGAAUUUCUCCUUACAGAUACUGUUGGUUUCAUUCAGAAGUUACCUACUACAGUGGUUGCUGCCUUCAGAGCAACUCUCGAGGAGAUAUCAGAGUCAGCAUUACUGGUGCAUGUGGUUGAUAUCAGUCAUCCACUGGCUGAGCAACAGAUGGAAGCUGUGGACAGAGUUUUGUCAGAACUAGAUGUGUCUGCAAUACCAAGGUUGAUGGUGUGGAACAAGGUUGAUAAGGUGAGCGAUCCUGACAGCAUUAGAAAAGAAGCAGAAAAGAGAGAUGAUGUUGUUUGCAUAUCUGCUCUGAGUGGCCAGGGCUUAAAUGAUUUCUGCAGUGCAGUCCAGGAGGCAUUGAAGGAUUCUAUGGUAUGGGUGGAAGCCUUGAUCCCUUUUGAACAAGGAGAGCUUCUUAGUACCAUACAUAAGGUUGGAAUCGUGGAGAAAACAGAAUAUACUGAACAUGGUACACUGAUUAAGGCACACGUACCUCUACGGUUUGCCAGGCUACUAACACCAUUGAGGCAAUUGUGUGUACACAAUCUUGAUUUUCUACAAGCAAUAUCCAAUACGGCUUCCAAGUCUCAUAUUUGAUUCCCGGUGAUAGAAAUUGUAAAUAAUGUUGUACACAUGGUCUUGUAUCUUGUUACUAAACAAGUGACGGUCUAAUAGAUUAUCAGGAGUAAUUUACAGCAUUUAGGGUCAUAUUUGAUUUCUUGUUACAUCAUUAAUAUCUUGCACCAUUGAAGCAUUCAAACACCUAUACAAAAUCAACAAUGUGACACCAAUAAUGUCAGAAUGUAUUCACCAGAUACGCGGUUUCAUAUUGUUGUGUUG